AUUAUUUUCACGGGGUAAACGAGAUAAUACGAGAUCUCAAAAUGGCUGCUCAGGCAGUACGCGAGGAAGCGUGAAGGAAAAGUAUUUUCAGAGUGAUGGAUCACAAGCCAGGUGAUCGAAGGAGGGCCAACACAUUCCCUGUGCCCACUGAAUCUGAACCUGUACCCACAGUGCCAGGAUUUGAAGAAAUUUUGAAAGAACUUGCCAGAAAUGGUCCAAAUUAUGACUUUAGUGCUCCAUGCAAUACCCCAGCUAACCCCCAGGAAGGUUUGCCUGAGAAUUAUCAGUCCUGGUCCACAGUGACUGAUGACAGCCCGAGGGGGAACUUUGGUUUUACUGCCAGUGGUGGGCUGGAUUGGGACUUUCUUUCUCAAAAUGACAGUUUUAAUCAAGCUGCCAACACUGCUUCUCCUUCCAAUUUCGCAAGCUAUGAGGACUUUUUGGCUUCUCUAAGCCAAACCAGCCACAGUGAGGCCAUGCCAGAGGUAUCCAGUGACCAAGGUUUCUAUGGUUUCUAUGGCACAUUAGAUGGCUUGGGCUCAGGAACAGAUUUCUUGCCUGAUGCGGUGCAGGAGGGCAGAGACUUGUACGCUAGUGCCUUGCAUCAAUGGAAUGCUACUGCUGCUGCAACAUCACAACAACCUAGGAGUACAUAUGACCCAUUUGGUACCUCACCCAUCCUAGGCAGUGAUGGUUUAGGCAGGAUGUCCCCGGUGGCCUCUGCAGGCUCUCCAACUCACUCCAGUACAAAACCUACCUAUUCUGAUGUGGCCAAAAACAAAGCACCAGGGCCAGCACCGCUAAAACAUCGGCGUAGUGAACCAGUCAUGACACCAGCCAGAGACACAGAGCCCUCAGUGCCUCCUCCAGGGUUCAGACGGGCCAAGCCACGCCCUUUCUUCCCUACCACCAAAUUUAAAGUAGGGUCAGUUGAUAACAAAAGUGCUCCCAGCCCUGACUCUAAGUAUGGCCUAGACAGCUUUCAGGUGCCCCCAUCCCUGGUGAAGGAGGUGGCCACUGAUAGUGUGUCUAGCAGUCGUAAAGGGAGCAGCAGCAGCCAGGCCAGCACAACCAGUGGCUUGGAUGAUAUCACCCUGGGGAAACCGUUUCAGAAUGGGAGGACUGACACAGGCACUAAGGAAGAUCAGAGGGAUACAGGGGGCAAGAGUAAGAGACCAGGUGGUAAAGAUAAGAAAGAAGAAAGACAGGGUCGUGGUAAACAGAACUCCUUGGUGUCUGUUAAUUCCAUUGAUAAAGAGGAGACUCUCCUCAACAAUAGGGCUUCCACUACACCUUCAACAGGUCAUGGACCUAAGACAAGUUCUACUUAUAUAAAUAAUGAUCUGCGCAACUGGUCAGAUUCCAAGAAGCAGAAGAAUGCAUCCACCAGCUACAACGAGACUGAGUCUUCCUCUCCUAGUGAGACUACUCGCACUGGUGGGGGGUCUAGGAAAAGUGGGACAAGCUCAAAAAAUAAUGUUAACAAUGAAAAUACUGGUCGUAAAAAUAGAAAGCAGAAGAAGGAGCACAAUCCUAUAGGUGACUGGCUAGGCAAAGGUUUUGAGCUUGGGAAAUGGGCUGUGACAGAAGCCUUGCUUUGGGUGCUGGUUGCCCUCAUGGUGCUAUUUAGACUGGUCUGGCUCAUAGUAAGUAAUGUCUCAUUCUACGUGUCAGUUGUCUAUACUUGCAUUUGGACAUUUGUGACAAAUAAAGUAAAGAAACGUUGGAAAUGGUGGGGCCGAGGGCAGGAUGGAACAUCACAGUCCCAUACACACAUUGGCCUGGAAGAAAACAUACAGCUGCCAACCACAGGUGAAGAAGCAAUGAAAAGACUUUUAGCUUGCAAAGGGAAGGAUCCAUACAGUAUUUUAGGUUUACGCUCAGAUGUGUCUGAUGAUGAAGUGAAAAAAUACUACAAACGGCAGGCAAUACUAGUUCAUCCAGACAAGAACAAACAACUAGGUGCAGAGGAAGCUUUCAAGAUACUGGGACAUGCUUUUGAGAUUAUAGGAGAACCGGAAAGAAGAAAGGCCUACAACGACCAGACUAUAAAGUCCAAAGAGAUGGAGGCUGCAAUGAAAGAAUUCACUGAUCUGUUGUCCAAGUUGCAUGAAAAAAUGGAAGAGGCCGCCAACUUGAUGCGCUGUGAUCACUGCGGAGGCAAGCAUCGUCGCUACCCUGUGAACCGUCCGUGGUAUAGUGCUCGUUAUUGUGAUAGAUGCCAGGCACACCACUCUGUCAAAGAGGGUGAUGUUUGGGCCGAGACUACCUGGUUAGGAUUCAAAUGGCAUUACUAUGCAUGUAUGGAAGGUGCAGUGUACAACAUCACAGACUGGGCUGCACACCAGAUGGACCACUUUAAACACAUUCAGGCUAAUGCUCAUCACGUGUUCUACAAACUGCAGACUGGUGCCAACAGACAGCAGACGGCCUCUGUGGGGAAUACAGGAGAAGCUGAAUUGGAGGACUUCUUGAACCAUUUGUUUCACAAGACUAGUGGUGGCCGGGAUGUUCCCAAGCCAAGUGGCAGUCAGAACAGCAACCAGGCACAGCAACCGGAUGUGAACACUUACAAGAAGAAAAAACGCAAGAGAAAGCACUAACUCAACACACCCUAACUACACGGCUUAGCAUUGGAAACAUUUUUCAUUUCCUUCAUAAACUGGACACUGCAAACAAGUGAUUUUUUACGUGCCUCUAUUUUUCAAAUGCACGCCUAGAAAUUAUAAAGGUAUAACAUGAAAAUUUAACUUUUGAUUGUUACAGCAGAUCAUGCAACCUCUGACAUAAGUUAGUGCUCAUUGGUUUUGAAUAGAUAUCAAGUCCGAAGAGGCGUACAUCACAGUUUCUAUGCAAGCAUACUGUUAAUUAGAACAUGAAAAAGAUAGUAUUAUUUUGAUCAGUUGAGCCAAGCUGGGGCUCUGUGAAAUAUCAGAAAGGAUAAAGACGUUGUUUGGAGAUCAAAAGUUUGAUCCUACUCAAGGUAUAUGGUGGACUGCUUGAUAACCACGUCUCAAGCCAGAGAUGAAUUAAUGUUGCAUAUUAAAAGGGCGUAGUGUACUACUCACAUUUUUAUUUUCAGGUUGUAAUUGGUUCCUUGAUUUUAAUGAAAACAUUCGAUUUUAUAUUCACAUUACAAAGUCAACUAAUCACAAUAAUAAUCUUGCAAAAUCAGUUGAAAUUUUGUUUACACAAUUUUGGUUUGUUUACAAACAUUUGUACCGCAGAGACUUUUAUAAAAUAGUAAACAAGGUACAAAAAAU